AUGACUUCGGCUCCAUCCCACAAGGUGGUCCACGAAGCCAACAACGUUUCCUUAAGACACACCCCUGAAGAGUUUUUCAAGAGACAGCCUCGCGAGGGCCACAUUUCGUCGUUGGACGAGUUCCAGAAAUUGUAUAAAGAAUCUAUCGAAAACCCUGAUGAGUUUUUCGGCAAGAAGGCCAAGGAAUUGUUGCACUGGGACAGAGACUUCGACAAAGUGCAAGCUGGCGACUUGAUCCACGGUGACGCCCACUGGUUUGUCGGAGGCAAGUUGAACGCGUCAUACAACUGUGUGGACAGAUGGGCGUACGCUCAUCCCGAUAAAGUCGCUUUAAUUUGUGAAGCCGACGAUGAGAGCGACAGUAAGACUUUGACCUACGCUGAGCUUUUGAGAGAAGUUAGUCAGACGGCGGGCAUCUUGGCCUCGUGGGGGAUCAAGAAGGGUGACAAUGUCGCCAUCUAUUUGCCCAUGAACGCCCAGGCCAUCAUUGCCAUGUUGGCGGUGGCCCGUUUGGGAGCGGUGCACUCUGUUAUUUUCGCUGGUUUCUCUUCAGGCUCCAUCAAGGAUAGAGUGAACGAUGCCAACUGUAAAGCGUUGAUCACUUGCGACGAAGGCAAGCGUGGUGGCAGAACAAUCAACAUCAAGAAGUUGUGUGACGAGGCAUUGCUCCAGUGUCCCUCGGUGGAGAAGGUGUUAGUUCACCGUCGUACAGGCAACCCUGAGGUUGCCUUUGACCAGUCCAGAGACUUCUGGUGGCAUGAGGAGGCCCCCAAAUUUUCGGGCUACUUCCCUCCAGUGUCCGUAGACGCUGAGGACCCCUUAUUCUUGUUGUAUACUUCCGGUUCGACCGGCACUCCUAAAGGUGUGGUGCACACCACCGGUGGUUACUUAUUGGGUGCUGCCAUGACCACUAAAUACAUCUUUGACGUCCACCCAGAAGACGUGCUUUUCACCGCUGGUGAUGUUGGCUGGAUUACCGGCCACACCUACGCUCUUUACGGUCCAUUGUCGUUGGGUAUUCCUACCAUCGUUUUCGAGGGUACCCCUGCCUACCCUGACUACGGCCGUUUGUGGCAAAUUGUUGAAAAGCACAAGGCCACUCACUUUUACGUCGCCCCAACUGCAUUGCGUCUUUUGAGGAAGGCUGGUGAAGCUGAAAUCGGUAAGUACGACUUAUCUUCUUUGAGAACCUUGGGCUCCGUGGGUGAGCCAAUUUCUCCAGAUAUUUGGGAAUGGUACAACGAAAAGGUCGGUAAGGGCCAGUGUCACAUCUCCGACACUUACUGGCAAACUGAGUCGGGCUCCCACUUCAUUGCCCCAGUCGCUGGUGUUACACCUAACAAACCUGGUUCUGCUUCUUUGCCAUUUUUUGGUAUCGAUGCCUGUCUCAUUGAUCCAGUAACCGGCCAGGAGAUCCACGGCAACGACGUCGAAGGUGUGUUGGCUAUCAAGAGCCCAUGGCCAUCGAUGGCUCGUUCCGUUUACAGAAACCACCAGAAGUACAUGGACACCUAUUUGAGACCAUACCCAGGCUAUUACUUCACUGGUGAUGGUGCUGCUCGUGACCAUGACGGCUACUACUGGAUUAGAGGAAGAGUUGACGAUGUCGUCAACGUCUCUGGUCACAGAUUGUCCACUGCUGAGAUCGAGGCUGCUUUGAUUGAACACACUGGUGUUUCCGAGGCUGCUGUUGUUGGUAUCAAUGACGACUUGACAGGUCAAGCUGUUGUGGCUUUUGUUGCUUUGAAAGAUGAGUGCCUAGACACCAUCAAUGGUAACGAGACUAGCGAAGAGGCCAUCAACCUAAGAAGAGAAUUGGUGUUGACUGUUCGCAAGGAAAUCGGUCCAUUCGCUGCUCCAAAGUCCGUGAUUAUCGUGCAAGACUUGCCCAAAACAAGAUCUGGUAAGAUCAUGAGAAGAAUCUUGAGAAAAAUCUCCCUGAACGAGGCUGACCAGUUGGGUGACAUCACCACUUUGGCCAACCCUGGCUCUGUGGCUGGUAUCACCGACUCGUUCGCUGCCCAAUUUAUUCCCAAGAAAUAA